CCUUUUCACUGUGGUGUGAAGGAAGCCGCCUGGGUGUGCGAUUGGAAGGAGGGGCUGCCGGUUUGAGGGGAUCGGGUCCACAGGCCAGAGGUUGGGUCAGGAGCCUCCAAGGGUGGUCCUUGGCCAGGAACAGGUGGAUGGUCAGCUAGCAGGAGAUUGUGGGAUUCAGGCAGAAACCCAGACAGCUCAGGUCGGCCAGGGAUCAGCGUAGAUCAGAGGACAACCCAAGACAAUUCUGGCUGAGAGACUGGGGGGGGGUGGCCAGUCCAAGGAACAGUGGCAAGUCAGGCCCUCCAGCUAGAAGGACCGCUGAGGUCAUGGGCAGGUCCCCUGGUGCUGCAAGCCCCCAUUGAGUGUAUCCUCCACCGGAGCAGCCCAAGUAGGGGUGACGCCUCAGGGGCAGAGUCCCCAAGCGACAGACUGAGAUCUCCUUUUCCCGCUGGUGAAGGGGGAUGCCCAGACUUAGGGCUAGAGCACAUUCCUCCCAAACUGAGAGAGCAGGUCCAAAGGGGAGGUGCCUGGGAUGGUCAGUCAGUGAGAGCCAGUGAGCCAGCCACCUGUCGUCAGGAAAGACAUUCCUCUGGACACUGCAGGGUGCUCCACCAGGCGGCUAGGUACCAGCACUACUAGUGGAAAGCAGUCAAUGUUUGCCAAAUAAUCAAAAAGACCAGCUGGACAGGGUCAGUUACAUGUGGUAUCUAUCGGUCAAGGGCAGAGAGGCAGCCCACUUUACCUUCAGUCAGGGACAGUUGGGUGCUAGAGACAGGCGGGCAGCCUGUGGCUGUUGCCUGGAGAUGGUUGUCCAGUCAGCCGGACCUCUGGUCAGGCCAGUUGGCCCUUCAGCCUGACGGAGACUGAUCCAGCAAACGGGUCCGUUGGGACCGCUAGACCCCGAGACAGCUAGUAGGAAGUUCAGAUGGCCAGCCUGUCACUGUGGCGGCUGGAGGCAGGCAACUAGCUGGUCUGAUCUGAGCAGUGCAUGGCUUGGGCAGUGUGAUUGUCAGGACGGGGAGCCGGGGACGCAGGGGACUUCACAGAGCGACCCUGGAAGCCUCAGCCAGCCACAUAACGCCAGCCUCACGGUCCUCCCUCACGAGCAGCCCAAUGGCAGCCUCCCAGUUGGCGGCACUGGAAGGAGAGGAGUCAGGGGCCGGGGGACUGCCCUUGACCGAGGCCAGCCCCGGCUUCCUGUAUUCUGAGGGCCAGCGGCUGGCGCUGGAGGCUCUGCUGAGCAAGGGUGUGGAGGCGUUCGAGGCCUGCCUGCAGCGUGAGGGGCUGCGGCCCUUCCUGAGCGGGGAAGAGCUCCAGAGCCUGGUGGCGGCGGCUGAGGACUGGACUGCAUCCAAGCAGCCACCCAGCAGGGCAGCAGAGGGAGCCCCUGCCACCGAUCGGGACUCCGGCAGCCUGACUUACUGGCCAGGACAUUCAGAGGAGCUGGUGCCCACGCUGCGCCUGGGCUGGCCAGAGGAUCUGGCCUGGAAGGGAAUCACCCGGGCUCAGCUGUACACUCAGCCCCCCGAAGAGGGCCACCCACCCCUCAAGGAGCUGGUGCGCCGGGAAAUCCAGGCUGCCUGCAAGCUAGUGGCCGUGGUCAUGGACAUCUUCACUGACCCAGACCUGCUUCUGGACCUGGUAGACGCCGCCACACGUCGCUGGGUGCCUGUCUACCUGCUUCUGGACCACCAGCGGCUGCCUGCCUUCCUGACACUGGCCCAGCAGCUGGGGGUGAACCCCUGGGGCACCGAGAACCUAGAUAUCCGUGUCGCGUGGGGCUGCAGUUUCCAGAGCCGCUGGCGACGGCAGGUGAGCGGCAAUGUGCGGGAGAAGUUUGUGCUGCUGGACGGCCACAGGGUCAUCUCCGGAUCCUACAGCUUCACAUGGAGUGACUCUCGUCUGCACCGUGGCCUGGUGACCCUGCUGACCGGCGACAUUGCUGAUGCCUUUAGCCGAGAGUUCCGGACACUGUACGCGGCCUCCUCGCCGCUCCCGGCUGCGCCCACCCAGUGCCCCUUUGUCAGCACCGUGGGGGGGCUGCGGCUGGCUCACAGCCCCCACCGCGUGGCCCACCGCCGCUCUGUGGCCCCCAUGUCACCGCCGCCACACGACGGUCCGCUGGCCCAACGCUUGGCCACCUGCCGGGUGUUUGAGGGGGACAGGCAGGAGACCCCAGCCGCCCCAGGGCCAGCGCUGAGCGAUGUCCUGAGGAGUGUCCAGCGUGCCCGGACCCCCAGCGGCCCCCCAGCCCGGCCCAGCCGUUCCCUGUGGGACCUGAGCCGCCUGUCCCAGCUGUCCAGCUCCAGCGACGGGGACAGCGAGUUCAAGACGUCCUGGGGCUCCAAGGACACCCCAGCCAAGGCCCUGAUGAGGCAGCGGGGCACUGGCGGGGCCCCCAGGGGUGAGACAGAGCCCCGUCCUCUGAGCCAGUCCCAGCCCUGGGGCGGCACCCUGCCCCUCCAUCCUGCACUACGCCUCCGCUAUCUGUCACCGACCCGAAGGAGGUUUGGUGCGGAUACUGCCUCCAAACUCCUGGAACGCCAAGGCAGCCAGCAGCCAGAUCGGGCUGCCCAGGCAGGACUCAGGGGGCAACCACGAUAGAGCCAAAACCGCAUGGGGUCAGCCCCACCCGCAGCUCCAAGCCCCCUGCCUCCGGGUGGUGCCUGGGACAAGGCUUCUGGCGUGGGUAUCUGUCUGGAAAGCAGCAGAAGGGAUUUUUUUUUUUCUCUUUGUUCUAGAACCUGGGCAAGCCCAGUGCUCACCCUAGAGGCCAGUGUCACAGUUUAGGAAAUGGGCAGAAAGUCUCGAGGAGCUAAGAUCCUAGAACAGUGCAUGUCCCACUUUGGCCCAGCCAGAACUUCCCCGUGGAGGUAGGGCCCUGGCUGAGUGACACCCCCCCUCCCGCCCCCUACCCCGUGCUGUGAAUUGUGUGGGGUGAAGGUGGGGAGCCCCUGGGACAAAGUAGGGGAGCUUCGGGCACAAACCGUGCUCAGGAGCUCUGGGUAAACAGCUUGGCAGGGGAAAGGACAGAAUCCAACCCAGGGAGCAGGGCUGAAUAAUGACGGCCUGGAAAUUGGUGGGGACACAGCUGCUGGGGGAUGGGCCAGGGCCAGGGGCCCUGGGGCUGUUUUGCCGGUGCUAAGGACUGAGUUGCUGGGGGCUCCCUUUCCCUCUGCUCAGAAUAAAACUGCGUGAUGACAGAAUCUUGCAUUUGCACAGCCU